UUUCAAUUAAUGUCAACUAGACAAAGGAAGACAAGAGAUAGAGAAGUCCCUGACUUCUUUGGGGCCUGGAGUUUACAUAAGUCAUGUGAGAGAAGUUACUCUGAAGUAACACAAAGAGCUAGGAAGGGUAAUAGGCGAGAGCAUAAGUUCCAAAACCCUAAAAAUGCAUAUACACAGGCGUUAAAUAAUUUAAAAAGGAGAAAAUGUAGAGGAAAGAAGAAUAAAUUGAUAACUAUUGCACCUCCAAAUUGCUCAAGAGUUAAUUAUAAGGAGAAGGUCUAUAAAUUUAAAAGAGAUGAAGUAAAAGUCCCUGAGACCAAAGAUAAGGUGAUGGACAUAUUCAUGUCAAUAACCGAAACUUGUCCAAGCACGAACCGUAGGAACUCCCAGACAAGGAAGUGUAGGAAAGUUCCUCCAAAAACUCAAUAUUUUAGCAAACCUCAAGAUUGAUAUUCAGCAAAGAGAAGGCCUAAAAAGAAGAAGACAAGAUCAGUGAAGAAAAGUUGUAGUUCUUCUAUGAGCCGCCAACAGUCUAUGAAUGUCAAUGGGAUAGCCAGUAACUUUGACUUGUUAUCCUUGACUACAAUGCUCAAGCCUUCGAAGGUGAAGGUAUCUAAGAUGGGUAUGAUAUCUCCAAGGUAUUACUUGAACUUCGCAGUACCAAAGAAACAACAGCCAGUUGAUAACUCUCAAAAAUCAUCAAUAGAAAUAUCUUUGCAACGCUCUUCAAAGCCAUCUACUGAGGAUUAUUCAGCAGAAGUAUCCUCUCAGGAGGAAGAUUUGGCUAAGAAUUCUUGCUUCAAGCAUACUAUUGAUAACAGAUGUUCAUUAGAGAGCACAACUAUUCAGGAUCAGCCAAAUAAGGAGUUUGAAUGACCAAACAGGGUAAAUAGGCUACUUGUCAAUGAAUUUACUAAGAGACUAGCUCAAAAUUCCAAAACCAAGAGCAUUCGGUCUUCUACAAAGAAAAGAAUUUCUGCAAGCUCAAACCUAGAUUACUCAUUUAUUCAUACCAGUGAAAUGCCACAAAUUUUCAAUAGAUCAGAAAAUUCCCAGAGUAGUUUAGCAGAGAAAGAAAAUAAGCCGUUUGCCCCUCAGAGAAGAUCUCUGUUACUCAGAGGUAGGGACUCAGAGCCAGCUCCUGCAGUUCUGAACGUGACAGAGCCUGAAUCAGUUCUUACUCAGGCUAAUAGGCAUAUAUAUCAAGGCUUUGAAACAGAUGGCCAGAUCUCUAAAACCAGUUUUAAACUCGAAGAGGACUCAGAGGAUGCCUCAAAAUGUCCAGAGUGCAAGAGAUUUUUCAUGGUUGAUAAGAUCGAAGAGCAUAUUAAGUUAUGCAAAAAGGCAUUCUAAUGCAACAUUAUCUAACAAAUUUUCAAUA